CCCGUAGAGGAAAAUUCUCCAUGAAUGUACGUCACAAUGAUGAUGACCGACCAAAUCCCACUGGAGUUGCCAUCACUGCUGAAUGGGGAAGUGGCCAUGAUGCCUCACUUAGUCAAUGGAGAUGGAACACAGCAGGUCAUUUUUGUUCAAGUUAAUCCAGGUGAAACUUUUACCAUAAGGGGUGAAGAUGGAACUCUUCAGUGCAUUCAAGGACCUGCAGAGGUACCUAUGAUGUCCCCCAAUGGAUCUAUUCCUCCCAUACAUGUGCCUCCAGGUUAUAUAUCACAGGUAUUAGAAGACAGCACAGGCGUUCGGAGGGUGGUGGUCACGCCUCAGUCUCCAGAGUGCUAUCCUGCUAGUUAUCCUUCUGCCAUUUCUCCCACUCACCACUUACCACCAUACCUCACUCAUCAUCCUCAUUUCAUCCAUAACUCUCAUACAGCUUUCUACCCGCCUGUUACCGGGCCUGGAGAUAUACCACCUCAGUUUUUUCCUCAGCAUCAUCUUCCGCCUACCAUUUACGGAGAGCAAGAAAUCAUAUAUGGAAUGUCAAGUUACAUAACCAGGGAAGAUCAGUACAACAAACCGCAGCACAAAAAAAUCAAGGACAGACAGAUUGAUCGCCAGAACCGUUUGAACAGCCCCCCAGCCAUCUACAAGAGCUACCCAGCAUGUACGACGGUCUACAAUGGUACCCUCAAGACUCAAAAUGGGGCCACCAAUGGGGCAGGAAGCAUUGGAGGCGUAAGUGGAGGAGGGAUGCCAAUCGUCAAAAAGGCGGAACGCCGAGCAAGAAGCAGCCCCAAGACCAGCGACCAGGAUUUGCAUGAAUGUGACACAGAAACAAAGAAGGUUCAAGAUGUUCUUUCUGGAAUUGAGAAACCACAGGUGUCGAACAUUCAGGCUAGAACAGUUUUGCUCACUUGGUCUCCUCCAAAUGGUCUUUCAAGUGAAGACAGACUCAGCAAUGGUUUGCCUUAUACGUGUACUUACGAAGUUGCCUUAUCAGACAAAGGCAGGGAUGGAAAAUACAAAACAAUCUACAGUGGAGAAGAAUUGGAAUACAAACUGAAAGAUCUUAGGCCUGCAACAGAAUAUCACAUCAGGAUAUAUGCUAUGUACAAUUCCGUGAAAGGAUCUUGCUCAGAACCCAUCAGUUUCAUCACUCGUAGCUCUGCUCCAGAAUGUCCUUUUCCACCCAGACCUUCACACAGGACCAAAAAUUCCUUGACUUUGCAAUGGAAGGCCCCAAUUGACAAUGGUUCAAGAAUCACCAGCUACCUUUUAGAGUGGGAUGAAGGGAAAAGGAGUAAUGUUUUCAGAGAAUGUUACUUUGGGAACCAAAAACAUUACAAGGUGACAAAGCUGUGUCCUGCUGUGGGUUACACAUUCCGAUUAGCAGCUCAGAACGAUAUAGGCAUAAGUGGCUUUAGCCAAGAAGUUGUAUGCUACACUUCAGGAAACAUCCCUCAGAUCCCUUCAGCACCAAGACUGGUCCGUGCUGGGGUAACGUGGAUCACACUGCAAUGGAAUAAAGCAGAAGGUUGCACAUCAGAAGAAGUGAUUACGUACACCUUGGAGAUUCAGGAGGAAGAUAAUGAUAAUGCAUUUCAUCCAAGGUACACUGGAGAAGACCGAACCUGUACUGUGAAGAAUCUUAAGAGAAGCACACAAUACAAAUUCAGGCUGGUUGUCUCCAAUGUAGAAGGGAAAAGUAGUCCUAGUGAUGUCAUGGUCUGUACCACAAGCCCAGACAGACCAGGACCUCCCUCCAGGCCCAUUGUUAAAGGGCCUGUAACAUCUCAUGGCUUCAGUGUGAAAUGGGAGCCUCCUCAGGACAACGGUGGUUCAGAAAUCCUAAAUUAUCUGUUAGAAGUUUCAGAAGGAAGCUGUGAAGCAAAUCAAUGGGAAGUUGCAUAUAGAGGACCUGCUACCGAAUAUACGUGUGCAUACUUGAAGCCAGGCACUUUGUACAAGCUCCGAGCAUGCUGUAUUAGCACUGGUGGACACAGUCAGUGUUCUGAAAGUUUACUUGUUCGUACGCUAAGCAUUGCUCCAGACCAGUGUCAACCACCCAGAGUGCUUGGGAAACCAAAGCAUAAAGAAAUACAAUUGCAGUGGGAUGCUCCCCCUGUAUCAGAAAGUAGCGGUCAUAUCUCAGCAUACAGCGUAGAAAUGACUGGGCCUGAAGAGGUGGUUUCGGAGGUCUAUCACGGUCCAGAUCUUGAAUGUACCGUCAGCAAUCUCCUGCCUGGAACAACGUAUCAGUUCAGAGUGAGGGCUUUGAAUGAUGGAGGGUAUGGGACUUACUCUGAAGCUGCAAAAAUCACCACUGUGGCUGGACCUCCAGGGCAGUGCAAAGCACCUUGCCUUACCUUCCUUUCAGAUUCAAGUGUACUUGUGAGUUGGGAGAGUCCUGAGAGUUUUGGUGCUGACAUCUCAGAAUACAGACUGGAGUGGGGAGACGACAAGGAGAAUUUAGAACUGGUGUAUACUGGCACAGCCAACUCCUUUGAAAUCCACCAACUUUCAGCGGCAGCACAUUAUUUCUCUAGACUACAGGCAAUAAACCAGGCAGGAGCGGGAUCAUACAGUGACCUGGUAUCCUGCAGAGCCCCAGCGUCUGUACCUGAGGCUGUGACCACCCUCUAUGUGUCAGAGGAUGAGCACCUGGAUGCCUGUCCAACGCCUGUUGUAUGCCUUGUAUUGAACUGGGAGGAACCGUGCAAUAAUGGAUCUGAGAUUGUAUCUUACAAUAUUGAAUUGGGAGAUAGUACUUUGUCUGUGGGUAAAGUCACAACUUAUGUAAUUGAGGACCUGCCUCCAGAAACCACAUUCCGGAUCCGGAUUCAGGCCGUCAAUGAGGUUGGAGCUGGGCCUUUUAGCCACUUCAUUACAGCAAAGACCCGAUCGUUGCCACCCUUACCCCCUCGGCUAGAGUGUACUGCAGCAGGUCCCCAGAGCCUGAAACUGAAAUGGGGGGAGAGCAGCUCCAGACAGCAUGCUACUGAUGACAUGGUCUAUCUCUUACAAAUAGAGGACAAGAACAAGAGGUUUAUUUCAAUCUAUAGGGGACCUAGUCAUACUUACAAGGUACAGCGGCUGACGGAAUAUACCUGCUACAUGUUUAGAAUACAAGCUGUAAAUGGUGCUGGGGAAGGGCCUUUCUCAGAAGUGUUUAGCUUCAGUACAACUAAAUCCAUCCCCCCUGUCAUUAAAGCACCUCGAGUGAGACAGUUAGAAGGAAACACCUGUGAAAUUGCUUGGGAAACCGCACCCCCAAUGAAGGGAGACUCUGUGAACUACAUUCUGCAGGUCCUAGUUGGAAGAGAGUCUGAGUACAAACAGGUGUACAAGGGAGACGAGACAACGUACCAAAUCUCAGGCCUUCAGGUGAACACAGAUUAUAGAUUUCGCGUGUGUGUUUGCCGCCGAUGCUUGGAUACCUCACAAGAACUUAAUGGACCUUUCAGCACUUCUGUUGCCUUUAUUCUCCAGCGGAGUGAGCUAAUGCUUACUGGGGAACUGGGAAGAACCGAUGACCCCAAGACUAAAUGUAUGAUGCCUUCUGAUGAACAGUUUGCAGCCCUCUUAGUCCUCGGCUUUGCAAGCGUCUCUAUCUUAUUUGCUUUUAUACUACAGUAUUUGUUUAUGAAGUAGAGAGUUCAACACAAAUAUUUGAGGUAUCGUUUUAAUUAAUGCUUCAUACUAUAAUCAAUAUGUUUUAUUCAGAUAGUCCUCUUUAUUUUUUCA